ACCCUCUAGCCAGCUGGGUUGUAAGUGAUGAUUCAAUCGUUGUAGAAAAUUUAUCGCCUAAACAGCAUGAAAAAUAUAUGAAACCAGCUCGAAACAUGGUUGUCAUGCUCCCAAACUCGAUUAAAGAUAAAUGUCAUGAGUUCGUAUCAGGUUUUCCAAAAGAAUACGCAGGAGAUUUAUGUAUAAAACUUACACAUGAUGGGGAAUGGAAAGAGACGGAUAAAACUCUUAUGGAUGUUACAGGGGGGAUUCUUGAUGUAUUGGCUGAUGUUUGGAUGAAUCCGGCGUUUGGGCCAGAGCUCAUGAAAACGCAAAGUGAAGGAACGUACGUAACGGAUAUAAUAAUUCCUUCGAUUCGAGCAUCAUUGAAAGGGCCCCCAUAUAGACAAUUUGGAUUUAUCAGCAUUGCAGAGCGACAAAGCAUUGCUAGUGCAGAUAGAAAAGGGGAGGGAUAUUUUGGAAAACGGCCGGAUUUUAUGUAUAUACAAAAACAGGAAGGUAAGUUAUUUGAGCUUGUAUUUGGCGAAUGCUCACGUUUAUCAUGUAGCGAUACCAAGAAGAAGGAAGACGAAAUAAAAUUGUGGAGGGAAACAAAUGAUGGCAUGUUUUGGGUACGACAGGGGUGUAAACCGGAAAAAGGCCAAUUUGGUAUUGUAGGAAUUCAGGUAGCAGGGACCGAGAUCCAGUUAAAUGUACUCAUUAGGGAUAACCUUGAUAUACAUCGAUAUUAUCAUCUUAAAAAAACACAAAUUCCUAUACAGCGAUCUGAACAGGCCUUAUCAAUUUUACCUGAAUUUGUUGAGUUAUUGUUGAAUUUAUGGAAUAUCCUGAUCAUUAAUUUAUCUUUGCUAAUGCAAGUACCCACAAGUAAGACGCAUCGUGUUGAAAAAAGUACCACAGUAUCAUCACCGCCUAGGGAAGAAAUACACAAUGAACAAAACAAAAAGAGGAAGAAAAGAUCUAAGAAAACAUCAGAAUCUAUUAAACAUAGAAGAAUGAUAGAUGCAGAAGAUGCUUGGUCUUCUCAGCAGAACAGGCAAGGCCAAAAAAAGAGAAGAUAUGGGGAAGCUAAGGUCAUACCCGUUUUAGUAUUUGAGUCUGAUUCAUCCGUCAGUGAUUCAAGUAAUUCUUCCUCAUCCAG